CACCGCGCUGACAAAGGGUCAACUGCGGAAGUCAGCGUGAUCAGUGUUAGAGAAGGGAGGGCCCAGCAGAGAAUCCCUGGGAUGUGAUAAAGCCUUUUCCCUGGAUUAUUACUGUACAGCCUGAGCCAGCUCCAGGGGAGGGGGAGACAUGGCUAUCCUAUUUGCCGUCGUUGCCAGAGGAACCACUAUACUUGCCAAUCAUGCCUGGUGUGGUGGGAAUUUUUUGGAGGUAACACAGCAGAUCCUGGCAAAGAUCCCGUCGGAGAAUAACAAGCUUACUUACUCUCAUGGCAGUUAUUUAUUCCAUUAUAUCUGCCAGGACAGGAUUAUAUACCUGUGCAUUACAGAUGAUGAUUUCGAGCGUUCCAGGGCAUUCAACUUCCUGAAUGAAAUAAAGAAACGGUUCCAGACAACAUAUGGAUCAAGGGCGCAGACAGCACUGCCCUACGCCAUGAACAGCGAGUUUUCCAGUGUCCUCUCAGCUCAGCUGAAACACCACUCGGAGAACAAACCCGUGGACCGUGUUGCAGAGACACAAGCCCAGGUGGAUGAGCUGAAAGGGAUUAUGGUUCGAAAUAUAGAUCUUGUUGCCCAAAGAGGAGAGCGGCUAGAACUGUUAAUAGAUAAAACGGAAAAUCUCGUUGACUCUUCUGUAACGUUUAAGACCACAAGCAGAAACCUGGCUCGAGCAAUGUGCAUGAAAAACUUGAAGUUGACCAUCAUUAUUGUCGUUGUUGCAAUAGUCAUCAUCUACAUCAUUGUGUCAGCAGCAUGUGGAGGAUUGUCAUGGCCCAGCUGCGUGAGCAAGUAAUCUCCUCUUUUUCCGAUGCAUGAAAGAGCUCCCAAGGAACAGAACGUGAAAGUACUACCUACUCAUGUGAAGCAUCCUAGAGAAAAGAGACUUGAUAGAAAAGCCUUUUCCUUCUGGACCCCAUUAAGGCGUCUCAUUAUGUCCCCUAACUCACGCAUCCUUCUGGACUUGCAUAUUAUCUCUUUGCCUUAUAACAUACACAAGGAAACCUCACCCAGAGAGCCCACAGUUUUGUGCAACCAAAUUGGGGUGCAUUGAAGAAUGGUAAAAUGAAGAUCUAAAUGUUGUUUGUUUUUGGAUGCUACGGAUGUUUUUGUUUUGAGAUAUAUAUAC